AUGCCCGCGCCACCGACCAAACUCUCUGAUACUUUGCCUCCCCUUGUCUUUGGGACAGCCACUUUCAACUUCCAGUUCAAUCCUGAUCCCUUUGCUCUACCGACAACGCACCUCGUCCAUCGCGCGCUCUCGCUAGGAGUUCGCGCCUUCGAUACAUCACCCUACUACGGCCCGGCGGAGGAACUACUGGGCACCGCGCUCGACACUGAGUUCGUCCGAUCCCAAUUUCCACGAUCUUCCUACCACAUCCUUACCAAGGUUGGUCGCAUUGCGGCCAGUGAAUUUGACUACUCGCCUUCAUGGGUCCGGCACAGCGUGCGCCGAAGCUUAAGGCGUCUAUGCACAAGCUUUCUCGACGUGGUGUACUGCCACGAUGUGGAGUUUGUCUCGGCGGCGGAAGUCCUAGAAGCAGUGAGAGAGCUCCGGCGGAUACGGAAUGAGGAUCACACCGUCAAAUACGUGGGCAUAUCAGGCUAUCCUGUGCACAUCCUCUGCGAUCUUGCCGAAAUGGUGCUUCGCGAGACGGGCGAGCCCCUCGAUGCGGUCAUGUCGUACGCGAACUUCACACUGCAGAAUACAAGACUCUUAACAGAAGGUGUCCCACGAUUGGUCGCUGCUGGUGUCGAUGUGGUGCCAAAUGCAAGCCCUCUUGGUAUGGGGCUCCUGAGGCGACAGGGCGUUCCAGUUGGCGCUUUAGGCAACUGGCAUCCCGCACCUGACGACCUGCGCAAAGCGGUCCAGUUGGCGGGUCAGUGGACCGAUAAACAAGCUGAGAAAUUGGAAGUGGUUGCAGUCCGCUUUGCUCUAGAAAGCUGGUUGAGAGAAGGGUCAAAGGUAGGUACACAUGGCGACCCACUUGGGUCAGCUGACUCGGUUUAUUCUACUUCGUGGCCGAGGCGGGAACGGUUAGGUGUCAGCGUCAUAGGCGUGAGCAAGCUAGAAGAAUUAGAUGAGACUAUGAGAGUCUGGAGAAGUGUGCUAGACGGCUUUGCCGACGAUCUCGAUGCGGAACCUGGUUCGAUAACGCCUAAUGACGCGCUGAGCAACCACGACUUGAGUUUGCAACGAAGGCAGCAGAUCAGGACGUUAGCCAAAGGUAUUCGAGAAUUGAUUGGAAAUUAUGCGGAUUUCACGUGGGAGAGCCCCGGGAAGGACUAUGUCAACCAACGAAGGGUCAAGGGUGUUGUAGAAGAAGAUGACCUAUCUUCUGGGACAGUCGAAGCGCCUGCGGCAAUGCUGACCCCACCUUCUGAGGCUGAGGAUGAUGGCAUGGCAGAUGAUGUUCCCGCAGUAGACCGCAAUGCGUAG